GGUUUCUCCUGCAUCGAGUGGCAGCAGCAGCAGCAGCGGCAGCAGCACUGAGGGCGGCGGCCGUAACGGUAGCAAGGGUACGUCGAGCAGCGGAAGCAGCAGCGGUGGCGGGGCCAGCAGCAGCUGGAGCAGCAGUGAGGGGCGGCACCGGCUGUACGACACGGUUGGGGAGCUGCUGCUGCUGCGCUGGGUGGAAAAAGGCGGCUGUGAGGUGGUGCGGGUGCGUGAGGGCGAUCCGGGGGGGUUGCUGGGGCUGACAGCGGCGGCGGGGGGGCGGGAGGAGCUGCCGCUGAAGCAGCUGCAGUACUGGCUGGACCACCACCACUCCUCCUACCACCACGACCUGGAGGCGGCGGCACUGGCGGCAGUUCGGCGGCAGGCGGCAGCGGGUGCGGCACAGGGAGCAGCAGGCAGCAGCAGCAGCAGGAGCAGCAGCAGCAGGAGCAGAAAGACUACGUAGCAACAGUACGGCAGCACUACCGGUACGGACCCCACCGCUGGGGCGUGUCAGGAGUGCCUGACGCUUUAGGGACGUUGUGACUACUGCAUACGUCAGGCUAGGUGGGGCGACAGGAGUACCGGUGGCUCUGUUUGACGGUUAAAGGAGCCAUGAUGCAAGUGGGUUGUUGUUGCAAGGUACGGUCUGGCAAAAGCAAUGGGGGUGCGGACUCUGCGCACCCUGAGGGUGGGACUGUGCAGGUAGCGUCCUUUCUUCACCCUGUGUUGUGGGGGCUGGUUGUGAUGUGUUUUGCUUUCACCAGGCUUUCAGCAACGUGGGAAGUCUUUCGUUUUAGGAUAAAGUGAAGGAGGGGAGCACCAGAAUGGGGCAUGGUGCCGCAUGGAUGAGUAGUACAAGAUUGUUUGCCGCAAGGUUUUGUGUGUCGCUCCGUUAGUACAGUCCCUUACAAAUUGGGAGUACCUAGGAAGGCAACCUAGACUGCAUAAAACUCCCACUUCCUAGCUAAAUGCGGGAAGUAGCGUGCUGCCUAGUCAUGUGACAGCAAUGUAGCAAGAAAUUGAAAAUAUGGUGAAAGACGGUUGGGUGGAACGGCAGCUGUCAUAGGGAGUAGUAGGGACGUUUUGCAUCACUUCUUGUUGAUCCAGGAUAGCAGCUGACUUCCCUUACCUAUGCGGCUAUGCCAGUCGCGAAAGCGGCCGGAAGCAUCGCAACAUCAGACAUCAGUAGUACGUACGGUCCAGCCGCUGACAUCAGCACGCGGGCAUUGAAACAAGAUAUUAUUAAUACAGAAACUUAUUUUCCUAUUAGUAUAUGUUUGCCAGUAGCCACGUCCCAUCUCAAAGAACGAAACUGGAAGGUGGAUUGAUGAUUGACCAUAUACGCCUUAAUACCGAUAAGAGGCUGUAGUAGCUCCUUGUGAAGUGAAGACAUUACACGCCUGUUCCAUGAUUGGUAGAAUGGCACAAGAGCAGCAGCAGCCCGCCUCAGUUGUGCAAAGCUGUGCAAACUCAUUGGCACAGCAGCCGGAAGAACCGUCGCAAUUUUGGGAACAUCUGCUACCAGAGCUUGCGGAGCGUGUUGUCAGCUUCCUGCCAAUCAAUGAAAUCGCUUGCACGUUCCGACCAUUAAACAAGGCCACUGCUGCACUGUGUAAAAGCGAACGCUACACUGCCGUGCGGCUAUCAUCGCCCGUUCCGCUUCAUGCUUUCAAGCAUCGCUGGAGCCACCCCGGCGCCAUGCAUGGAAAGACACUCCAGCAGCGGCAUCAGCUGCUGCACCUGACAGCCCGCAGCGGCAGCAUUCCAAACCUGGAGCUCGCAAUCCAGUACACGGGAUGUCUUCUUACGGGGGAAGUACACGGCUGCCGCGGGGAAUGCGUAAUUGAAGAGGCCGCUUCUGCAGGGCAACUUGAAAUGUGCCAGUGGCUGCAGCAGCAGGGAUGUUCCUUGAAAGCCGCCACUUGGGCCGCGGCACGUGCCGGGCAUCAGGCCAUAUGCGAGUGGGGCCUGGCGCUCAGCGACUGCUCACGCGGCUUGGGCCUCCUGUUAACAACUGGCAUUGUGGCCGCUGCUUGUUCUGAGGGCCAUGUAUCCCUGGUAGAGUGGCUAUACCAACAGCUGCAGCUGUCAGGCCAUCCCCGUCUUGAAUUCCCGUUUUGGUACUACAUAGCAGUGGCUACUGGUGGCGACCUAGCCUCGCUACAGCGGCUGGGUAACGAGGAGCUGCAGAGCAUGGAAGCCUGGGAGCAGGCCUCCAUCCUCGGUGCUGCUGCCGGCAGUCCCACACCCGACUGGCGGGCCAAAGUGACGUGGCUGAAGGCGCAGGGCCUCACGGACCAUGUCGACUGCAGGAUUGUAGUCGGGCUACCCGACGCGCUGGACCGCCUGAGGUGGCUGCAGGGCAGGGGCUACCCGAUGGAAGCAUCCAUGGCCCGUGAGGCGGCGGAGCAGGGCAACGUCGGUGCACUGGAGUUCCUGCUGUCGGAGGGCGUGGAGGCUAAUGAGCAAGCCGCGCGUGCGGCCGCUGCGGGUGGCCAUCUGGAGGCGCUACGGCUGCUGCACGCGCACGACUGCCCCAUGUGCGUGGCGACGGUCAAAUGCGCGGCCCGGGGUGGGCACCUCCAUGUGGUGGUUUGGCUGGUGGAGACGCUGGGAGAUGGUGUGUUGCGCAAUCCCGGUGUUUUCGACAGUGCAGCGGAGUCUGGCCGCUUGGAGCUGCUGAGGUGGCUGCGAGGGCGGGGGUGUGGCUGGGGACAAUCGACGUUUGCUAAGGCCGUGCAGGCGGGCUGCGAGGAGACGCUGGAGUGGCUGGUGGAGGAGGGGUGUCCCAUGCAGACGGACGGUGCGCCUUUCUUAGGGGCCGCUCGCCACGGCGACCUGCUCACCCUGCGCUGCCUGAAGCGGCUGGGCUGCCCCUGGGGCCCGCACGGGCGGCUCAUCACGCGUUGCAUCGAGUGCUGCUGUGACCCGCGGGUGCUGAGCUGGCUGCGGGAUGAGGGCUGCCCCGUGGACUGGGACAAGGCAGGGAAGGCGGCAGGCAAGGCCGUGCGGAAGGUCUCCUGUGAUACAGGUAGCACAAUACUAGGUGAGGUAGCCAAGCAGUGUGCGACGAGGGUGUUGGAGUGGGUAGGCGAGGAGAGCGGCUUGGCGGGUGAGGUGGGCUCUGGCAUGUAGAGCGACAGACGGGGUACUGAAUGGUGAACGCGGCGCUGCUGAACCGGUAUGUGGUGCAACUAUUGGCGCGUAACUGGAGGUUUAAGUGCCGUGGAGCUGUUCAUGCUUUGUGUUUCCGUAUUAUCAACAGCAGACGAAAGGCAACGGUGCGUCGUGAAGUGGUAGUUGAAUUAGAGAGUCGUACUACAAUACAAGAUAACGGGAGAAUCAAGAGGGAAUACGAUAACCAACUGCCGCUUCUGUUCUUCCUCCGACAACCCUGCUUCUCCCCUAUGCCUGCGGCAUGCCUAAAUAUACUGGACAACCACACACAGUGCUUGUCAGUUAGG